AUGGCGGAGGAGGAGACGGAUUCGGAACAAGACUGCGACGACGACGCGAGCGAGGUAUCUGUGCCACGUGUCAAAGCGCCAUUGGCGAACGCCAAGGCGAAAACCAAGAAGGGGAAGAGCCACGCGGAAAAAGAAAGGCCGCGCAGCAGGCGUUCUUCCGCGGAGCACAGUAGCAGCGGCGGGGGUGAUUCCGACGCCGGCGGAGGGGGCGGAGUUUCCGCCGCGGGGAGAGCGGGAAGCGACGCGGAAGAGCCUGGCGCGCGGAAGCCCCCCCCCGCGUUUCCCCCGUCCGCGUCUUCCGCAGGGAAAGAGAUUGAGGGGAGCCGCAUGGACCGGCUGAGAGCGCCGGAGGUGGGACAGCGCCAGGUGCUCCGCCACAUGGAGAAGGGCGGCGGAGCUGGCGCGGGCGGCGGAAAGGGGCGCCAUCGGCGCAUCGGGAGCGUGGAUCAUAAUAUUUAUUCCGCUGCUAUGCCGCUCACGAAGGGGCGGCUGGCUGGCGGCGCGGGGGCUGCGGCGGGGAGGGAUCAGGGUUACGGGGAUGCGGAGGGGGGAGGGAUGGGCGCGGGACGCGCGGGGAUGAGGGGGAUAGCGUCUCCCGUUCAGGAGGAUGACGGGGAGGGAACGGAGCGCAGCUCGCCGACGGAAUCCGUCGCGUUGUCUGACGUGUCCGUGGCUACGGGGCGCGACGCGCCAGGUGGCAGCGCGAUCGGCGGCGCGAGCGCCGUCAGCGCCGCAAUUUCCGCCCACAGAAAGCGGCUGGGGAUCGGGGGAGACGGGGGGAGCGAGCGGGGGAGCGAGAGGGGGAGCGCGGCGGGUUCGCCCAGGGGGGAGUCUGGAAGCACAGGGUCUCCGCGGAGAUCCGCUAUAGGGCUGAAAAAGCUACAGCUAAGAGUGGAAAUCGGGGCAGAUGAUAGCGGGGAUGAGGGCAGGGAGGUUAAACUGGUGGCGGUAGGCCCCCCCGCGGGGAAGGCGGGGGGAGGGGGGAUGGGGGGAGAGGGGGCAGGGGGAAGCGGAGCAGGAGGAAUGGGAAGAGGAGUGCGGGGGGUGGCGGGGAUAGGAUCGGUGAAAGAGAGAUCUGGGCUGAGGAGGGAGGGUAGUGGUGUGAGAGGGAGUGCGGGUGGGGGAGCGUUGGCGGCACUACAGAAGGGUGCGCACCGGCGCAUAUCGUCGUGGGUGGACGGGGGCAGCCUGCGGCACACGGACUUCAUCCUUCGCAAGCCGUACCGCGACGUCACCGAGGUGUUUGACGUGCAGGAGGAGGAGCUGGGCGUGGGGCAGUUCGGAGUGAUUCGAUCAUGUGUGAAUAGGGUGACUGGGGCACUCUUGGCAUGCAAGACGAUCAGCAAGGAGAGGAUCGUGUGCCCCGAGGAUGCAGAGGACGUGCGGAAGGAGGUGCAGCUGAUGCAGCAGCUGAGGGGCCACCCCAACAUCAUCGACCUCUACGAGACAUUCGAAGAUAGCAAGCACGUGCACCUGGUGAUGGAGAUCUGCAAGGGCGGGGAGCUGUUUGACCGCAUCAAGCUGAGGGGGCAGUACAGCGAGCGCAGCGCUGCGCUCGUGUGCCAGACGCUGGUGGAGGCGCUCCUCUACUGCCACUCCAACGGCAUUGCUCACCGCGAUGUGAAGCCGGAGAACAUUCUGCUCAUGCACAAGGAUGAUGACACCAACAUUAAAGUCAUCGACUUUGGUGUUGCUACAAGGUUCAGACACGGCGAGCCUCUCACUGAGUUCGUAGGCACGCCCUACUACAUGGCCCCAGAGGUCCUCACCGGCUCGUACGGCCCCGAAUCCGACAUCUGGUCGGCAGGGAUCGUCCUAUACAUCAUGCUGUGCGGCUUCCCGCCGUUCUGGGCGGCGAGCAACGAGGGCAUAUUCGAUGCGAUCCGGCGCAAGGAGGUGCAGUUCAAGUCCGCCAAGUGGCGCACUGUGACCGAGGACGCCAAAGAGCUUAUAAAGAGGAUACUCGUUAAAGAUCCCCGCAAGAGGAUCUCUGCACUGGAGUUGCUCGGCGAAAAGGAUCGCGACCACGCGGCCAAGCCACGGGACCACCACCACGCGCCUGCCACGUCAGCCGUGGGUUCUGCUGCCACGUCAUUGGGAGGAACUGGAGGCGGGCUAUCAGCGGCUUCUGCUGUGGGUCCACCUGGGUUUUCGUUCCCUGCCACCGCUGCCAUGUCAUCUGCACCUGCGGGGGUGCGGCCAUCGUCACCCAACGUCCGCCCGCCUUCACCUCUAACCCAGCAAGCCUCUGUUGCCUCUGAGCCCACCGCAGCAGGAGCGAUGCAAGCUGCCGGCAGUGCAGAGCCGGUGCCGUCGAGACCCCAUUCCGUCUCCACCCAGUCACCUCUGGCACCACUGCCACCUGCAUCAGCUACAGCGCCCCAGCAAUCCCACCAGCCGCACCAGGCCCAGCAGGCCCAUCAGGCACAGCAGCGGCACCAGGAGGAGGUGCAGAGAAUGCUGGCGGCAAAGCGGGCGGCAGUGCAGAGAGCAAGGCAGAUGGGCGCCACAGGGCACUUCAAGCCGUGCGACUCCAUGUUUGGGAAUUUCCUCGUUCCUGUUAUCCCGUUCCAGCAACCGUAG